AUGGGGCACACGACUAGCACGGUUCGAAGUGAAGCUCGUCGUGCAGUGCAGUUGGUUUUGAUUACUUGGCCUGAUUUCGUUGAAAUGAUUUGUGAGCUUAACGAGAGGUAUGCUUUGCAUUGUCCUUUCCUUAGUUCUGAAUAUGAGUCGUUUAGAUGUUGCAAGUUGAAAGACGCAGAUGGCUACUACUUAGUAUUUGCUGUGAAACGAGGCAGCGCAGAAAACUUCUUAUGGAAAGCAACAAUAAGAAUUUGUAUACUGAGGGUCUGUAUUAUUGAUUUAGGAGUAGAUUAUCUUAUUUUAUCUUAUUUUAAAGCUGAUUUAAAAUUAGUAAGAACUCCUUGGAGAUCCUACAUUUUUUUUUCUUUGAAGAAAAAGGACGAGCUUAACCCCGAUUCGUAUCGCGUUUUGACACUGGGCCAGUUUUUAACUUUGCAUAAAUCUCUACUAGUAAUGUUAAAUGGCUUAGACGAUGACCCUGACGCAGUUUUGAAGGCAUAUAAUUCUUCUGCGUAUUUGGACAGACUUUUUCCUUGUUAUAAAUAUCAAGCGUUCUUUAAGUUUCAUCAUGUAUACCAAAUGAAUUGUUACAGCCUAUAUCCAGAGAACGGCGAAUGUAUUAUAUGUAUGGAACGAAGGACAGAUACGAUCAUCUCUUGUAUGCACUCUUAUUGUUCUGUGUGUAUUGAACAGUGGAAGGCCUACGGGAAGAACUUCUGUCCACUUUGCCGCGAACCGUUGCAAACAGAUGGUUUGGAUUCCUGGGUGAUGCCCAAAGAGCCAGAAAAUGAUUUGCUUCGAGAGUACUUGGCUACGCUUGCGGUUCCAACUGAAGAGGAUGUUAAAGAGUGA